UCUCAACUUCUCCGGUCUUCUUUCAACUUUCAGUAUCACAACUGAAUUGAAAAUUAUAAUGUAAUGGAGCGAAGUUAUCUGUAAUUGAUGGAUGGAAAUAACAUCCUGUUGCAAAAGGCAAGUAGUGUGAUAAAAAUUGAUAUUCCACGUUUUGAGCGAGUUAUCGACCCAACCGGAAAGAAUUAUACCGUGUAUAAGGUUCUUAUCGCUAAAGCUGGAGGCACUAAGGAAGUUGAAAAACGAUAUAGCGAAUUUGAUAAACUACACAAGAGUUUAAAUAAGAGAGAAAAAAUACCAAAAAACAUUGAAUUUCCUCCAAAAAGAAUUAUAUCGGGGUCCGUAAACACUAAGGAAGAACGUCGAGGAAAAUUAAGGAAAUUUUUACAAGAAUUAUGUGAUCUGAAUCCAAUUCCUGAAGAAGUGCUGGCAUUUCUAGGAAUUUCUCAGCCAAUACAAUCAAAUCUGACUAAUUCAAGAAAAAAUGGUAACUAUAGUUCAAGUGAGGAUCUGUUGGACAGCGUGGGUUAUUCAACACAUCAACCAUUACUUGGCUUUACAAAUGUGUUUGAAAAUAUACAAAUUGCCGAAGAUGAUUUAACAUUGGAAGAUGAUGUAUUGACUCAAGGAAUACUGGAUGGUAUAUAUGCUACAACAGAACGAUUUGUGGAUGUUAGUUAAUAUUUAAAUAGAUCAAAACUAACAGAGUAAGAAAUUUGCAGUUUAAUUGUUCACUGGGACACAUCCUGAUCUGAUUUAAAUUGUUAUUAACAAGUCUAUUGACAAGGCUAUGUUAGGUUUUUUUGCUAAUUUCAAAUAUUGCAGGUAGUUUUGACUUUUGGGCAAUCAGUUUGAUAUUUUGUGUGGUGACAUAAAUAUGAAAGUUGGGCCUCCGAGUUGAUGGGUUUAAACACCUUGGACUCUUUUGAAAGCAAACAAGACCUUUUAUUCAAAUUGUAUUUCUUUCUGUAUGUGACCCACAGAAUUUUUUCACUGCCCAGCUGUCAGCUGACUAUAAUUUACAAGAUGUAAGAAUUUGUUAAGAGACAAGUAUGUUUGACAUUUCACAGCAACACUUUCUAUAUUAUUCUUUUACAACUGAUUGGUACGGUACAAAGUUUUGAAAACAUGUUGAUGGAGUCCAAAGUUAAUUAACCAAGCUUUCUGUCUUUGCCUAAUCAAUACACAUCAUUUGGUAUAUUUUAAAAUGUUUAAGUUCGUAAUAACUAAUAUCAAUCAUGACCAACACUUUAUUAUUGAUUAAAACUAUUAUUUCACCUUAUUUAUAUUUACAUGAACAAUAUUUAAAAUUCU